AUGCAACACAUCUAUUACUAUGAUCAUGGCAUGUUCAUUGCUCCAACAAAAAACAUGAUAACUGUCUAUAACAAAUUAUAUUCGGAAUAUAUUGAUUUUGAUGAUUUUAAGAAAUUACCAUUUGAUGUCAUUUUAUAUAUUUUAACUUUUAUUAAAUUUCCAGAAAUUAUUUUCUAUUCCAAGAAAUUAAUUGAAACAGCACAUUACAGUGAUCUGUAUGAAAAAAUGUUACUCUACGAAGAAACUGCGAGUAGUAUGUCCAAUUUAAAAGAAUUGACAAGUGACACUCAUUCAUCAACCCAAUCCAACUCUCAACCAAACACCACCAUUAACAACACCAAUAACUCUUCAUCCCUCCCAAAUGGAGAGUCCUCUCUUUGUCCUCCUCCUCCUUCUCUUAAAAAAUCUUCUUCUUCUUGUCUUCAUAAACGUUCCAUUUCACCUUCUUCUGCCUCUCUCACAAAAUCCAUUCCAUUUUCAUUACAAAAUGUCAUGUCAAAAUUAUUUGGAGUUUUUGAAAAGGAAAGAAAUCAGAGAUUGUUUCUUUUUGAUUUUUAUGCACAUUUGAAAUUUAUUGGAUUUGAUCAAAUGUUGGCUCUGUAUAAUUCCUUUUAUAGAGAUUAUUCGAGUACGAGUUAUAAUUCAUCAAUUUUUGUGAAUUACAACAACAAUCAUCCACUCAAUCCUACAAAUAAUCAUUUACAAACAAAUUCACAACAAUCAUGGCAAACUCAACCACAAAUGAAUCAAACAAAUUCAUCACCAAAUGGACGACAAUUACAACAAGAAACAACCAAUUUCACACACACUCACUCCUCUUCAUCCUCUUCACAACAAUUUUCCAACCAUUCAUACCAUUCCAAUCCUCCUCUCUUGAAUACCAUGCUUUCACCUCGCUCCUCAUGUAAAAGAUUGAGAAUUUCCUAUGACGAUGACUUUUUAAGCAUGCUCACAGCAAGUCCAAGUUCAUUUGAAAAUUUACUUUCGAAUCGUCAACAACAACAACAACAACAACAUUCAUUAUCAUUAUUGGAAGACACUGAAGAACAGAGCCAUGACUCUGUAUUGAAUCCUUUGAAUAGUUUUUCAAAACCAUCUUCAAUGAUUCCUUCCUUGCAUUCACAUUUACCAAAACAUUUGAGACAUGUUGUGAAAAGUGUGAAACGAUUGAGCAAUGAAUAUCAUCAACAAUCACAACAACAACAACAAUUUUACACACUACUGAAUUCUAACCCUUCUCUUUCAAUACAGCAACAACGAAGAAGAUCAAAAUCACUUGGUUCUGCACAAAUUGCUAUUCAAAUUCGAAAGAAAAUUGAAGAACACAAUCCUAAGGACUCGACAAUGAAUCAUAAUAAUAUUCAAGAAGAAGAAGGCCGUAUUCAUGAGGGAUUUGAUGAUAAUCAAACAUUGGUAUCAGCAACAACAACAACAACUCAACCACAGGACUCGACUCGAUCCAAACAUCGAUUUUCCAUUCAAUUUUAUCAAGUUCGAAAUUUUUUCUACAUUCCAUUCAUUCAAUCAGUGACUUUUUCGAAUUGCUCGAAUCAAGCAAAUUAUUAUAUUCAUUUUGUGGUGUUACCAUUUUUCACAUUCAAUAAUCACUUAAAAUCAUUCAAAUUGAUUGAUUGUCAAUUGAGUCAGGAGACGAUUCAGGAAUUGUAUUUUCAAUUAAGGUCCAUGUUUGUGGAAAUGCACAAGAAUGGAAAAUUAUCUGCUCCUUGUUAUCCCUCGUUGCGAGAAUUGAGUUUGGCUGACAAUGAUGUAUUUCACUAUUGCUCUUGGCAUUUUCUUUUUCCAAAUUUGAGAACGUUGGAUCUUUCUGGAAACAAGCCCAUGAUGGGUCCUUCGAUGUGUAAAUUACUCACCAAGGACAUUGAAAGUUUUAAACAUUUGAAGAGAUUGAAUUUAUCCAAUGGAGCUUUUGACAGCAACAUGAUCAUUCGUUCGAAUUCUUUGAGAGAACUCGAUGUUUUUGACAUCAGGCAGCCCAUGAAUAUCACUCAACUUGAGAAUCAAAUUGUCAAUCAUUGCAAAAAGAUUCGACUCAUCAAGUACUAUUCGGCACAAGAGAAAAAGUUGGUCAAAUGGGUUCGUGAGGAUUAA